AGUAGCCAAAAGCCCAAACCCAAGCACCAACGGAAAUUGAAAAAGACGCCAGAAGAAAGUCGCCGAGAGAGAGACGCCGUCGCCCGCCUGCACGCUCCACUGCUGCAGAGUCUAGCCGCUGCCCGCCAGAGGCCACCUCGCCGGAAACUCUCCAGCCUCCAGGUCCCGGAGUCCAGGAUACAAGAACAAGUGUGGCUGCUAAAGUUAUGGAUACUUCUGGAAAGAUGGAUAAAGAGAUUGAUAAAGAGAUGGAUAAGAAAGUAAAGAAGUACCUCAGAGGCGAACCGGCAAAAUUGGAUGUCUUGACUGACAAGAAGUUGAAGGGACAGCUUUCUGUCAGAGAAGAGUUGUAUGUAAGAUCUGCACAAGCUGCUGCGAAAGCCGAAAAGUGGCUAAUGCCAAGUGAAGGGGGCUACUUGGAAACCGAAGGGAUUGAGAAGACAUGGCGGGUAAAGCAGGAGGCAAUUGGCCGCGAAGUAGACAUUUCGAGUGCCAGAAACCAAUAUGAUAUUGUCUUACCAGAUCUUGGACCUUACACUCUUGAUUUCACGCCCAGUGGUCGCCACAUGGCUGUAGCUGGUCGGAAGGGACACAUUGCUAUUGUAGACAUGAAAACGCUGAAUCUUAUUAGAGAACUACAGGUUAGAGAAACGGUGCGCGACGUAGUCUUCUUGCACAAUGAACUAUUUUUUGCUGUUGCUCAAAAGAAGUAUCCAUACAUAUACAAUAGGGAUGGUACUGAGCUCCAUUGCCUUAAGGAGCAUGGUUCUGUGCUAAAGCUCCAAUUUUUAAAGAACCAUUUCCUAUUGGCAUCAAUAAACAAAUUUGGUCAGCUCCAUUACCAGGAUACAACCACAGGGGAGAUGAUUGGAAAUUACCGAACCGGCCUUGGUCGUACCGGUGUGAUGAGAGCCAAUCCCUUCAACAGUGUGAUAACCGUCGGGCAUCCUUGUGGGACGGUCAGCAUGUGGAAGCCCACGAGCGCUGCCCCCCUUGUGAAGAUGCUCUGUCAUUAUGGUCCGGUCACUGCCCUAGCCUUCCACACCAAUGGCCAUCUAAUGGCGACUUCCGGUAUGGAUAGGAAGAUAAAGAUUUGGGACUUGAGGAAGUAUGAAGUCGUCCAAACGUUACACGGCCAAGCCAAGACCCUGGACUUCAGCCAGAAGGGCCUCCUAGCCAGCUCAGCAGGAUCUUUCGUCCAAAUCUACGGCGACUUCUCUGGGUCCCAUCAGAACUUCACCCGUUACAUGACACACUCUAUGGUCAAAGGGUACCAAACACAGAAAUUGAUGUUCCGACCAUACGAGGACGUGUUGGCCAUCGGGCACUCCUCGGGCUGGUCUUCGGUCUUGAUUCCCGGGUCGGGCGAGCCCAAUUUCGACACGUGGGUGGCGAACCCGUACGAAACGCCGAAACAGAGGAGGGAGAAGGAGAUUCGGUUGCUCCUCGACAAGCUCCCGCCCGAGACGAUCAUGCUGGACCCCACAAAGAUUGGGACAGUCAAGAGAAGUAAUAGUGCCACUGAGAAGGGGAGGAGGAAGGAGGAGAGGGAGGCGGCGAUGGAAAACGCCGUCAAGGACGCCAAGAGAGGCGGGCAGAAGAAGAAAACCAAAGGGAGAAGCAAGCCGAGCCGAGUGGCGGGGAAGAAGCAGGAGGCUGUUGUGAAGGCAAAGAGACCAUUCAUUGAAGAGAAGAUGAAAGAUGGUGUGGUGACCAAGAAGAAGCAGAAGAGGUUGUCAAUGGCAACAACCGCCGGAAAUGACGACAUUACCCUUCCGCGCGCUCUUCAGCGCUUUGUCAAGAACUAGCAGCAUCCAAGCCCAGGUUCUCUUUGUUUCUCAUACAUAAAUUUUUGGACCUCCUGUUUCUUUAAUGUCUUGUAGUGCUUUUAAUUUCUAUACCUCUAUUUUAAGCUGUAUUCUCUUUUCUUUUUGAAAAAUAUCGUUUUAUGACAAUAUUGCCCCCACCCCCCAAUAGGUUGAGAUUAUUGGGAUAUUUUGGUGUUAAAUCGAGGGCUAAAAUGUAAUAUCAAAUGGACCCAACAUCCUUCUUGCCAUAGCCAAUGCUAGAAUCGCCGCCUUCCACAAUUAUAG